AUGAUUGCCGCUAAGCGUCGUCGUGAUGGCUCCAUCACUGCAACGCCAACAGUGAGCCAAAGUAAUGACGCGCGUGCAUCAUCCUUUGUCCAAUCAUCUCCACUUCGUCAUUACCAGCGAACCAAGCAUCCUCAGCAACGACCUACCAAAAGAGUCGGUCUGCAUCUUCCUGGAAACAAUCCUGGCUCGAGUGCUCCGUCUUUCUAUGUACGUCCUGGCUAUCGACAUUCCAGCCUCUCUUCCGUUGCUGCUUCCGCUGUCGAUGUAGCUCGGGAGAAUGAAAUUGAAGGGGAGCAAGAAGAGGACAGCGAUCCUGACGAAGUCAUCAUGUGCGUUGACAUGAGAGAAAGGGGCACCGUCGGUUGUUGUUAUUACGAGUCCUCUACGGGCAGCUUGCAUUUGGUAGAGGAUAUUCAAUGUGGAGGCUUGGAGAUGAUUGGCACUUUGAAGCUGCACAUUCAGCCCACGGUGGUCAUUUUAUCAAUGCGAGUGGACGAGACCGUCGAGCGGUACUUUGACCCAGAUGGAAGGAGUCGAGGUUCAGCCAACGGAGAUAGUGACCAAUUCUCUCUGCCCUACGUGCUUGAAAUUCGUCCGUCCCAAGAGUUCAGCUACGACGCUGGGAAGAACAAGCUCAUCAAUCUUCGCCUCUUCGCUGACGGCAGCCCCGAGAUUUCAUUCAUCACACCAGCAGAUAAUGAUCCUUACGAUGACUACGGCGAGGGUAUCGGCGCAGGAUAUACAGGCCGUCAGGGUCAACUACUAAGGUUAUCAGCGUCGAUCGAUAUAGAAAGCCGCUUAACUAUCGGAUGUGCUGGUGCGCUACUCACAUACGUAACAAGGAGGAAAGCGGUCAAAUACCUGCCUAACGAUGUUAACCCAGGCAACUCGUUCCGUAUCUCCACAAUUGAAAUGUUCAGUCUGAAAGGCAUAAUGUUCGUCAAUGCAGACACCUUGGCCUCUUUACAGAUACUGCAGUCAGAAUCCAACCCAAACACACACAGCCAAGGCCCAACGAAUGCCUCCUCUGGAUCCAAGGAGGGUCUUUCUGUCUACGGCCUCUUUCACCAUUUUGCAAGGACUCCACAAGGCAAAUAUCUUCUCCGGCAGUACUUUCUGCGCCCGAGUCUAGAUUUGAACGUGAUCAACCAGAGGCUCGAGACCGCUAGCGUGUUCUUGAGACCAGACAACAAUGGUCCAAUGAAUGGUAUCGUCAAGAGCUUGGGUCAGAUAAAGAACAUGAGGACGGUGAUGAUACAUCUGAGAAAGGGUAUCAGCAAUGGGUUGAGUAGAGGAGGUGGGAUUAAGAGCGGCAUCUGGUCGAGUCUCCGAUCGUUCGCUUUUCAUACGCUGCAAAUUAGGGAUGCUCUGGCAGAGGUAAACGGCAUGGAGAGUCUUAAGAUUGGAACGAAAAUUCUUCAGAAGCUCGAUCCUCACGGGCUGGCGAGAAUAGGAAGGAACGUUAGUGGGAUAGUUGAUUUCGUCGCGUCUGCGGAUAUGCAUCGCACUGUGGUCAAGUCGGGUGUCAGCGCUGAGUUGGACAACAUGAAACGGACCUACGACGGCAUCGAAGAUUUGCUAAAUCUAACCUCUCAAGAAAUUGCCGCGACGAUACCGGCAAUCUUUAGUCUCGAUUUGAAUGUCAUCUUCUUCCCCCAGAUCGGCUUCUUGAUCUCAAUACCACUCAAUCCAGACACUGGUAGAGGCGACUGGGAAGGAGGUGAGAUACAGGAUCAGCACUGGGAUCGUAUCUUCUCAACGGCAACGAGAGUAUACUACAAGGAUUUCCGAAUGCGUGAGCUUGACGAAACGCUAGGAGACAUGUAUGCUGUAAUCUGCGAUAAAGAGAUAGAGAUCAUCCAUGAGCUCGGGGAGCGAGUUUUAGAGCAAGAAGCUAUGCUAAAUCAAGCCUCCGAUAUUUGUGGAGAGCUAGAUAGCCUUCUCGCGCUUGCACAAGGGGCAAGAAGUUACAAGUUCUCCAGACCACGUAUAACACGCAAUAACGUCAUUCAGAUCAAAGGUGGUCGGCAUGCGUUGCAAGAGCUCACAGUUCCAGCAUAUGUUCCCAACGAUACCUUCCUUGUUGGAGGACCUGGCCCCCCAGACCCGACCGAAUUUCAAGAAGUCCAAGCUGGAAACGACGAGGCGACUAGGGAAGUCUUCCAGAAAACCAUUGACUCCGACGCCUUGGAAGGACCCAGCAUGCUGAUUAUGACCGGACCAAAUUAUUCCGGCAAAAGCGUUUAUCUCAAACAAGUUGCACUAAUUGUGUAUAUGGCACACGUCGGCUGCUUUGUACCGGCAGACCGCGCGAUUGUGGGGCUGACGGACAAGAUAUUGACUCGAAUUGCUACUAGAGAGACCGUAUCACGUUCUCAAAGUGCCUUCAUGAUUGACCUGCAGCAAGUUGCUCUUGCGAUGACGUUGACAACACACCGGAGCUUAGUGAUCAUUGAUGAGUUUGGCAAAGGAACUGACUCAAGCGAUGGUGCCGGCCUAGCCUGCGGCGUCUUUGAGCAUUUCCUUGGCCUCGGAAUUGACAGACCCAAAGUUCUGGGUGCCACUCACUUUCAUGAGAUAAUCGAAAACGGAUUCCUGCAACCUCGACCCUCCCUAACCUACGGCUAUAUGGAGGUGCGUCUCGAUCGUGAGGCAAAAGACCUAGAGGAUCAGGUAACUUAUCUAUAUAACUUUCGAGCCGGCCGUAGUAAUACAAGUUAUGGCAGCUGCUGCGCGACCUUGAACGGCGUUGACGCGACAAUCGUUGACAGGGCCAACUACCUCUUGGAUAUCAGUGCAAAAGGCGAGGACCUGGUAAUUGCAUGCGCGAAAAUCUCGGAGAAGGAAGAGAACGAGCUGAAGGAUGCCGAGGAGAUAGCAAGGCUGUUUCUGAUUCAGGAUUUUCGAAGCCUAUUCACCAGCGUCAAUGGAUCUCAAGAGGCUCGAAAUAUACUGGCAAAGCUGAUAUAG